AUGCAGUCUGAUGCCACUGAUCCCACGCUCAACACAUCAUUAACCGAUGAGACCGCAAAGCUGCGCGAGCUUGAGGCAAAUAUUCGAGAUCAGGAUGAGCUCGAAAGGGAGCUUGGUCGUCAGGCCGACCAGCUUCUUAUCGAACAAGCCGACGAGCGAGACCAGAAACGGAUCGAACGCACAACAAAGGAGAAGCUAAAAAUAGAAGACCAGAUUCUAAAGCUCUAUCACCGUUUGGAGCAACGUGUUGGACCUGCCCAAAGAGUGCGCAUCGAAUCAGACAUUGCCAAGGCACAAAAUGAAUUAUCUUCACUCGAAAACGAUCUUAAGGAAAUACAGGAACGCAUUGACAAUCGCCAUGAAGAGAAGGAUAUUGAAGCGAAUGUCGAAUCCGGGCGACUGCCAAACGAGUCCAGACGAGAGUACCUCAUUCGAACGGGAAAAAUUACACCUUUCUCAAAGAUGGGAACUGGCCCGAAAGAGGGACCACUAGCAAGUUUACAUGAUGCUUUGAUAGAUGCCGAGGACGAGCGCGAUGAAGCCGAAGCUCUACGUGAUGCCUCCCGAAGAGCUGCGGUCUCUCAUCGAAACUUGAGACUCCCGGGUAUCGACAUCAGUGACGUCAGCGAGAUCACUUCUGACGGUAUAUCUGAUUCGGAUAAAUCACGGAAGAGGAAACGAGCGACACAGGAUCAUCGUAAGGAUCGCACCAAACGGACACGAAAUGUCGAUCCAGAGGCAGAAGACGAUAGUUACGUAGAAAGUGACUAUUUAUCAUCCUCAACGGACGAGUUUGAUCCUACGCCCGGAGAAGUCCGCGAAAGGCAAAGUAGCAAAAAGUAUACAGAUGAUGUAGAAGAUCUUCGAGGAUUGGAUGAUGGGAACGAAGAGUUUUAUCAAACUCGAUUAAAGCGCUGGGUACGUCGUCGCGCGGCCGCCCGCAAGAGAGUAACCGAUUCAGAAAUCAAAACGGAAGAGCCUGAACAGAUAGAUAUCAUAGAAAGAAGCUCUACGGAGGAAUGGUUACUACCUCAUCCUACGGUUCCCGAUGCUGAAUAUGACGGGGGCUAUCGUGUACCUGGUGAUAUAUUUCCUGUCCUUUUUGACUAUCAAAAGACUGGUGUGCAGUGGCUUUGGGAGCUUUACCAGCAGCAAGUUGGGGGUAUUAUUGGUGAUGAGAUGGGUCUGGGAAAGACGAUUCAGGCCAUAUCUUUUCUAGCCGGUCUUCACCAUAGCGGAAAGCUGACCAAACCGGUGAUCGUCGUUGCUCCCGCAACUGUCAUGAAGCAGUGGGUGACAGAGUUUCACCGAUGGUGGCCGCCUUUUCGAGUUUCCAUUCUGCAUACAUCGGGAAGUGGUAUGAUUAACGUUCGAAGCGAAAGCAAUCGCGAGAACGCUUUGAACGAUGAAAUGUGGGAUCCAAAUCGACCUUAUACCAUGACCAAAGCUCAGAAGACUGCGAAGAAGAUUGUACAGAGAGUAGUUGAGGAAGGGCAUGUGCUGGUCACGACGUAUUCUGGCUUGCAGACGUAUGCACCUGUUUUGAUUCCCGUCGACUGGGAUUGUGCUAUUCUUGAUGAAGGGCACAAGAUCCGCAACCCGAAUACUUCGAUUACAAUUCAUUGUAAAGAAUUGCGUACCCCUCAUCGACUGAUUUUGUCCGGUACACCCAUGCAAAAUAACCUCUCUGAGCUUUGGUCACUCUUUGACUUUGUUUUUCCAAUGCGUUUGGGUACGCUGGUUGACUUUCGAAACCAGUUCGAGUUUCCUAUCCGUCAAGGAGGUUAUGCGAAUGCAAGUAAUUUGCAAGUCCAGACAGCAGCUCGAUGUGCCGAAACUCUGAAAGAUGCCAUCAGCCCUUAUCUUCUCCAACGGUUCAAGGUCGAUGUCGCUUCCGACCUGCCAAAAAAGAGCGAGCAGGUGCUAUUCUGCAAGCUCUCUCCACUCCAAAGAAAGGCUUACGAGCAAUUUCUGAAUUCACAAGAAUGUAACUCGAUUCUUGCCGGUCGACGACAGGUUCUAUACGGAGUUGAUAUGCUGCGUAAGAUCUGUAACCACCCAGACCUUGUGACACACAAACUUUUCUCCGCGACAACCGGCUAUGGAGACCCUUCCAAAUCCGGAAAGAUGAAAGUCGUCAAAGCGCUGCUAGAACUGUGGAAGGAUACUGGACAUAAGACGCUAUUGUUCGCUCAACAUCGCAUUAUGCUCAACAUCCUCGAGAAAUUUGUAAAAAUAUUACCAGGUUUCAACUAUCGGAGAAUGGAUGGCGAGACUCCGAUACAUCGGCGCCAACCUCUCGUUGAUGAAUUUAACAAUUCACCAGAUAUACACGUUUUCUUACUCACUACCAAGGUCGGUGGCUUGGGUGUCAAUUUGACAGGGGCCGAUCGAGUUAUCAUCUACGACCCGGAUUGGAAUCCGUCAACUGAUAUGCAAGCCCGAGAAAGAGCGUGGCGGUUAGGUCAAAAGAGGGAAGUCACAAUCUAUCGUCUAAUGACAGCUGGAACGAUCGAGGAGAAGAUCUAUCACCGACAGAUAUUCAAACAGUUCCUGACGAACAAGGUUUUGAAAGAUCCAAAACAGCGGCAGACCUUCGAGAUGAGCAAUCUACACGAUCUUUUUUCGCUGGGAGAAGAAGGUCAAACGGAGACUAGCAGUAUGUUCAAGACGGAAGUCACAUAUCAAGAAAAAGACGAACCAAAGGAAAAUAUCAAGACGGAGCAAGCGACUGAAACCGAUGAAAAAGAAAUCCAAAAAGUUGAAGGAAUAGCAGCAGUUGAACACUUCCACGACGACACCGAUGAAACUAAUGCCAAGGAUGAAGGAAACGGAGCCCCCAAAUCCGAAGCCCGUCUCAUGGAAACCAUCUUUGCACAAUCAGGCGUCCACUCCGCGCUCGAACACGACCGAAUUGUCAACGGCAAGAAAAUCAUCGCCCCAGACAAAAGCAUCAUUGAAGCCGAAGCCAAACGUCUCGCUGCAGAAGCAGCCGAGAAACUCCGCAAAGCUGAACAAGCCGCCCGUCAAGUUCCCGUCGGCACUCCAACCUGGACGGGACAAUUCGGUAUUGCCGGCCGACCAGAAGAACGACCUCGCUCAGCAUUUGGCGGAGCAGCCAGUGUUGCACGGGGUGCUGGCGCUGGACCUUCCUCAGCCAGUAUACUCGCCAAUCUAGCCAACCGAACGGGAGCACGAAGUCGAACCAGCAGUCCACGCGACAGCCCUGUCCCUGGAGGCGGUCGCCCUGAUUUCAUGUCUAUGAUUCGCGAUUACAUGAUUGCGCAGGGCGGUUCGGCAUAUACGCAGAUGCUGAUUGAUCAUUUUAAUCGGUUCUGUACUACGCCUCAACGAUCAGCUGAGUUUAAGGAGACUCUCAAAACGGUUGCUACUCUAGAAAAGGGUGGACGUAACGGGAGGGGGAAGUGGUUGCUGAAGAAGGAGUAUGCAAAGCGGUGA